UCAAUGUCCAAAUUCCGCCACAUUUUAUUUCGUCUGAGAAUACGCAGUCCGAGAUUGAGGUGAUGGAAGGAGCAAACGUGACGAUGGAAUGCGAGGCACGAGGUUUGCCUACCCCGAAUAUCACAUGGCGCAGGGACGAUGACAAGAAACUGAGUUUGGCCAGACCAGCUGUCUCGGCCGGCGGCAAGCGAAUCGAGCUCUACAACGUACAGCGCAUGGACGCCGGCAGCUACAAUUGCAUCGCUUCGAACCGCGUUCCUCCUCCACGCAGUCGCAGCAUCAUGCUCAGAGUUCAAUAUUCUCCGUCAAUAAUGCCGUCGCCGUCGCCGUUGCAAGGAGUUGUACUCGACAGAAAUGUGACGAUGAAGUGUCACACUGAGGCCUAUCCGGCCGUGACAGACGGACAGUGGUUCAAAGACAAUAUCGCCAUCGGAGACAUCACGGACAGAUACUUGCCAAUUAUCAGACCGCGCUCAGGCAGCACAGCGGUGACACUGGAGCUGUUCAUCAUCAACGUGAGAAAGGAGGACACGGGAGAGUACUCGUGCAAGGCGUCAAACAUUGUCGGCUCCGUGGAGGCGCGCAUUGACAUUGACGAGGUAUUGCCUCCGCCUCCGACUACAACGACAGAAUUGCCGUCGACAGCACCGAAAGCAGGUGGCACCAAGGGUCGGGAACAUAGGAAAGACAGAAAUAAGGACAGGAAAGGUGAUAAUGAAGAUGUUGAUAGCGAAGACAUGGUGCAAAAUACAGAUUUAUUUUCUUCGAUUUCGCAAGAUGGCCGCACCGCCAAAGAUGACGCAUCAGCAAAUGACCAGACGAAAACCCCUAUUCACGUCAAUGAAUCUAAGGAUAAAGCGACUGUCGGGAAUAAGGCAUCGUUCGCCCACCGCUGCUCGGUCGUACUGAGACUGUUCUGCUGCGCCGUCAUAGUUUUCCUGUCGUCGCUGUGGGAUGAGCUGACCUAGGUAGAGUGUAUAGUAUCGCUGUCUCCGAGCCCUCCACAAACCCCGUAGCUGUCGUCGGAGUGCUUAAGAAUCGCGUGUCGUCGUGUGGGGGACAUUGUCGUGCGUGUCAGUCAUUGGUGAAGUAGGUCGUGGGGGAUAUAUUAGAGAAACUGAAAAAUCGCGCUACUAAACUGCAUGCGCAUCCAUAUACGGGCGCAUUGCUUUUGAAGAUAAAAUGCGAAUUUCUGAACGCGAAGCAUUGCGAAUUAUCGGUUGUAUUGGAAGACGAUUGCGUCGGUAGCGACGUGGGCGGUCUAAAUCAGCAAAUGUUCGGGUUCGGUCGGAGAGAACGCAGCAUCCCAUCGAUGUGAAGCACGGCACCACGCUAGCAUCGUUAUUGAAAUCAUGCAGGUCAAAUCAAAUCAGAGAGAACGAUUUUUCUCUACAGUGUAACGAUCGGCAGUAGAACUAAGAAAUGUAUUCGCCGCUUGAUAGAGCUAGUUUAGAAUAAAGUGCGGGGGGUCGACGCUGUAAAUCUGAACGGAAAAUAACUCAAGUCUAGUUAAAUUUUGUAUAUAGUUAUCGUGUAUGUAAAUGGCAAUUGUAUCCUGCAUUAAUGUCAUCUAGUUGAGUCUCCGAGUGGCACUAUGUAUAGCUCUUUAAUGAAUCCUAUCUUAAUGCGGUGAUUUCAUAACAGACGAGCGAUUAUAGGUAUUUUAUACUUUCAAACUGCACAUCUUUGUAACAAUGUAUAUCAGAGAAAUAAUGCCAAAGCUGCUUUACCUGUAUUUUGUAUACAUAUAUAACUGAUACAUGAAACGUAGUUAUUCCGUAAGAUAUAGAGGCAUCUGUGGGUAACGUACAUAAACAAUCUGUUAACGCUCGUAGACAAGCUACGGUUCAACGUUCGAAAAUACGACGAAAUGCUAAGACAUCUAUUGUGGCUUUUCUUUUACAUGACUCUCGUUAGGAAGAUGCUCGGUAUUCAGUCGUUGCUUGUGAAUUUUUGAUUGACAUUUGCUUCAGUCUGACCGAUGCAUGUAGCCAGAAUGUUAUCGAGCGUAACUAACUUCUGAUGACGAUUCUAAAUAACACAAAUUUGCGAGCAAUAAAUCAUAACUCACGACGUCUCCAUAUUGCGCUAUCAGUCGAUGUACGGCCGGAGACAAAUUGCCUUCGAUUAACAAUAUCCUCAACCGCGUAUCUCAUUUCUGCAUAAUCGAUAAAUAAUUCUUAACUCCGAUAGCUUGUUAUGAUUGUAUUGAAUCGUCGUAAAAACAGUGACAUAUGUUUCAACUUAAGGCUAGUAUGUGUCUGAAUACUGUGGAGUAUCUGUAUUUGAGUUUAAAGAUCAAUACCACAAAUGUAAAUAUUUGUAAUCUCAUACUGUUGGCUUGAAAAUAUUUUGUAAAUAAAAUCUUUUGUAUAACAUAA